CACGGAUCGAACCUAUCGUCGAAGGCCUAAUUUAAAUGACGUUGCCUAGGAAAUGGGAAAAAGUUGGAAAGUUCUUUCUUUUCAAAAUGCGAUUGGAAGGUUUUUGCAGAAAUUCCUCCAGAAAGUGCCCCAUUUGUGACUGACUAAGAAAUAAAUCUAUAAAGUGAUGCUGUGCGAUGAUGAUUGUGCGCAGUCAGCUGUGUGUAAACUCUGUUCAUCUCCUGGAAGAGGAAGUGAAUGUUCGCGUUUUGGCAGUGAAUCAACGUGUGUAAAAUUAAUUAGCGAAAAUAUAGUUACUGUCUGCGGUCGGCAAGGUGUUAAUGAAAGCUGAUACUCGCUGUCAGUCAUUACUGUCUAACGGGAUUAAACUAUUGAAUAAAAUAUUUAUUUUAUUGGUGGUUGUGCAGAAACAGUGUAGUCAUCAUUUCAAAGUGUUUCAAUAUCAUCGUAUAUCGACUCUGAACUUACUCUGUGUUUGCUAAUGAAUGCAAUGCGUAGUCGAAUGAGAUCGUCACAAGCGCCUAGCAAUGUUAUCCGGUUGUUUCUUGACAUUAACCAGUUUUUCGUAUGGUUAAGUGAAGCACCUGAUUUCAAAAUCAAUUCAGCUAACAGCUAAAAGUUCUAAUUGUUUUGCUCAAAUGUUGCAGUUUAUGUUGGCUUGAAUCGAGUCUUUCAAUUUCUCCGAACUUUGAAGUGUCGAAUAAAGACCUGAUCACUCUGCAAUUGCUUACGAUGAAAAAACCCACUUCCCUGGCUAAUCGCAGAGUGGCAGGACAACUGUGCCGCAUUUUACUACAUACCUAUACCGUACCAGCUGAGAUAUCAAAACAACAACAGUGUCUAGAGACGUUUUAAAGGGGCAAGGUCAUCGUUCGGCAUGCUUGCAGCACCGCUGUAAAGUUGAUUCUUACCUGAAAACAGCUGGGUAAACUGCGGUGGAUAUCACUUACAAUAGCUGAGAGGACAAGACUGAGCAAUUACCACGUCAAAUGGAUGAUAUCAAAGCUAAGCUAAUUCCAAACACAAUGUUCGGCGAUGACGACGAUGAAUUCAGCCACAUAAACCGAAAGGAAAUCAUCCCGUCGAUGAGGCAGCGUAUUUCGCAGAUCCACGCGUUGGAAAACAUGGAUCAGAACGAAGAAAAGGAGAAACUACAUGAGCUGCAGUCGUCCUUCAAGCACGAUACCAAAGGAGUUUCCUUCAAGGACCCCAAAGAAGGCCCUCGGAAACGGAUAGGUUUCACGCAACCCGAAAAGCGUACCUCGGAUCUAAGCAGUAGCACAAAUGAGGAUGAAAAACGGUUUGGGGAAUCUUUCAUGGUCAUGGAAUUUGGCGAAGACGUCGGACCGGAUGCAAUCCUUUGGAUUUUGGAAAAGAUUCAAGGCAAGCGGAUCGACGGUGGUGCCGAGCUGCUGGUACGAAAGGAGCCGUUGACGAAAGAAACGCAAAACCUAACGCUUCACAUAUCAGCAACUCAAAUGAAGUUUCUGGAACUUGCCGACGACAUAGGGUUUAUGAAGGAAACUAAAAGUGGUAUUAUCAGAAACUUUAACGUCGCCUGUUUGGACGAUUUUUUUUACAACGACUCUAUGGCCGUGGAGGACAUUCUUACAUCCGCAGAUCGGCAAAUCAUUAUCAAAUAUGCGCUGGAAAACAUUCGAGCCUCCGAGCAGGAACACCACAUCCCGGGUACCAAAAUUCAGCUACACCAUGGACAGUCGAUUAUUCAAGCGGCACAGCAGGCAAAAAUCAUUAUCAAUCUUUACUCACUGCAUGACAAGUCGAAGUUGCGCAAACUGCGUCACGCUUGGAUCAAACCAACAAAGAAGCAACCGAUUGACGAAAUUCGAAAUUAUUUUGGAGAAAGUGUCGCCAUAUAUUUCUCCUUUUUGGGUUUCUACACCUACGCUUUGAUUGUGCCAACCGCUCUUGGGCUGCUGCAGAUGGUUCUAUCGGAGGAAACCGAAACGGUGCCCUUCUUUUGUGUGUUCUACGUCGUUUGGAUGAAGGUUUUCCUAGAGUUGUGGAAGCGGAAAAGUACCUCGCAUGCGUAUCGCUGGGGUACGAUUUCGAUGACCAACCUGGACGAACCGAGGGUUGGAUACUAUGGGAAGUUGGGGCGUGAUUUUAUAACCGGCAAAAUGACGAUUCACUAUCCGAAGUGGAAAACCUACGUACAAAUGUACUUCGUUACUGCUCCUAUCAUACUGCUGUGCAUUACGAUUGCGGCGUUUGUAACGAUUUUCCAAUUUUAUGUGGAAAGCUACCUGGCGGAAUCGUUCGGAUUGGAUUCGUACGUCAUGUAUGUACCGUCGAUCGUGAACGCCAUUUAUAUUGCGCUCUCGACGAUUGCCUACGACAAAUUGGCAACCUAUUUGACGGAUAAAGAAAAUCAUCGCACGCAAAGCCAAUACGAACGGCAUCGGGUCAACAAAUUGAUUGUCCUGGAGUUUGUUAACAAUUUCCUCUGCCUGUUUUACAUCGCAUUCGUUCUACAGGACAUGAAAAUGCUCAGAACUCAACUAAUGAUGCAACUAAUCGUUUUACAAUUUGUGCAAAACAUUCUGGAAAAUCUGUUUCCAUAUCUCAAAAAGAAGGUUGGUCUUAUCUCGACCAACCCCUUUGUCAAAUCACACUACGAUCAGCUGGAGAAAGUAUUUGAGGAGUACGAUCAAAUGGGCAUCCAAUCGCUGGACGUGGAUGACUAUCGAAUACUGCGAAACAAGAAAGAAAGCAUCCUAGAGGAAUACAAUACCUACGAUGAUUACCUGGAACUGUACAUUCAGUUCGGCUAUAUGGUUCUGUUCUCAUCCGUUGCGCCGAUGACUUCAUUUUGGGCCAUCCUGAACAACGUGAUUGAAAUCCGACUGGAUGCGUACAAGCUUUGUUCGUUUUUCAAGCGACCGUUCGCUAGGAGAACGAAGAACAUCGGAGCCUGGCAGCUGGCUUUCGAAACGCUGGCGGUUAUAGCGAUCGUAACUAACUGCGGUAUUUUGUAUCUGUCGCCGCAAAUGAGGGAACUGGCAACCAAUAUGAGUGCGGAAGCGUACACAAUUAGCUUCCUAGUCAUCGAGCACAUUCUACUCGGGCUGACCUGGUUCAUCUACAAAGCCAUUCCGGAUACUCCGCUAUGGGUACGAGUAGCUCUAGCCAAGGCAGACUAUGAAUCUCGGCAAGCACUGAAACGCGAAGUAUGUUAGAACCUCAUUUUAAGCCAAAAAUUCUGCUUGUUACUAACUACUAGUCAUUAAGUCCACAGUCCACACUAAAUUGAACAUUGAAAACUCUUCCAGGACUAAAGCAACACCAAAUCACUCCGCCAAUACCAAACAGCCAGCUGUUUUGUGAUAUUAUUAUUACCUUAGAUACAGAGUGCCUUCUUCCUAAUUUAUCGAAAGAUGAACGCAACGUGCAACGCUGCAAAAAAAAAUGUUGUGAAGUUUGAUUGUGUGCCUAAAACUAAUCACCAAAAAGCAUAUUAUAGCUUAUCUUGAAAUACACGGCAUAAACACUAAAUUAACAAGGUUCUUAAAACCAUCGCUAAUUUUGACGUGUUUGACCUACACUACCCAAUGUUCAUGAACUUAACUGAUUGAGGUGAGCUAAUUUUGCAAAAACGUACUUAAAAUCCAAGCAAAACGAGUGUACGUUGGAUUUGAAACAUAGUUAGUGAGAUCGCGUGAACUACUACUUAGAGAGAUUUGAAAAGCGCUAAUCCAAAUUUUCCAGCUUUUUUCUUUCCUCACAGCGGAGGAUUUUUUUUGUAUAAAAUUAAACAACUUUUGGAUUCUCCGUUCCAAACCCACAGAACGCUCAACGAUCGCGCAAUCUUCUGUUCAGACGCUUCCGAAGUGUGUACGACUCGCAUUCUAUGCUAACUUGAAAAAAAGUGUCAACAGAUCCAUCAUAACCUUAACCUGUGCUCAGAUAAUAAAUAGUCAAAAUCGAUAGAUAGCCAUAGUUAGUGAAGGAAUUGCUGAAGAACUUGCUAACCGCACAAUUAGUCGGGUGUUUUGCUCACGGACAAACCGUAGAUGAUGUGAUAAAAUUACAUGGAAACUGUUAUGUGUUGUUAUUUUGAUAAAAAAAAUUAAACGA